UCAGCCUCAGCACCACCCCAGCACCAGCCUCAGCCUCACAGCAACAUGUGGUCAAACAGUAUCUUGGUCCUCACUACGCUCCUCAUUUCUUCUACUCUGGUAACGGGAGGUGGAGUCAAAGGCGAGGAGAAAGGAGUUUGCCCGGCGGACAAUGUCCGCUGCUUCAGGGAAGAUGAUCCCCAGUGUUACGGUGACAAUGACUGCAGAGAUCAGGAGCUAUGCUGCUUCUGGCGAUGUGGCUUCAAAUGUGUGCCGCCUGUGAAAGACAACAGUGAAGAACAGAGCCCUCAGAGUAAGGUGUGAUAGCUCAUAAAAAUGGCCUCAGAGGACUGCUUCCACCAUGGAAGGACACAGCAAGAAGGUACAAAGACCAGGCCUUUCCAGAUACUGGAUCUCUGGGCACCUUGAUCUUGGACUCCCCAGCCUCCAGAACUCUGAGAAAUAAAUGUUGUUUAUAGGCCAUUCAGUCUAUGGUAAUUUGUUACAGUGGUCCAAAUAGACUAAUUAAUACAACUUAAUAGUUUAAAAAAAUCCUUGUUCAAUAUUAUAUGUGUGUGUGUGUGUGUGUAUAUGUUUGUUUGUGUGUUUGUGUGUGUAUGUAUAGGUAUAUACAUAUAUAUGCAUGAACAAUUCUGGAAAUAUACAUUUUUUGGAAAAAACUAUUAAACUUUAUUAUAUGAUAUUUUUUUUACAAAUCUGAAUAAAUAGGAUGAAAUUGUC